UGUCAAUCGAGAAUUUUAUUUAAAACCGAACACAUUUCCAUUCCCUUCUAAGAAAAACUCAAAACCACAUCAGUAACCAUGAAAUUCGUCUGGGGUCUAGUCAUUGUUCUGUUGGCAGCUGCCUACGUCGUUGAUGCUCGUUCCAUUAAACAGCCCGCCAAACAAGGUCGUCUCAUUGCCGGCGCUGUGGCCAUCAAGAAAUUGGUUUUGUUGAAAUUCAAGAAAAUCGUUCCCAUUUCAUUGAUCUUGCUCAAGUCGAGCAACGAAAACGAAGCUGAAUUGGUUCCAGUCUAUCCCACCUCUGAAAUUCCCUCCGAUGUUCAAUUCAUUCCCACUCCUAAUGGCAUUUCUGGCCACAAGGAUGUUCAAGCCAUCGCCAUUCCCACUGAAUUCCACCAACAAUUGCAAGCUCAUGGCAUGACCAACUUGGAAGCCAUUGAAAACUUGCUCAACGAAGCCGAAGAAAACGAAGAUGGUGAGAGCUCUGUUGCCGUCGCCGAACCCGUCAAUGCUGAUGAGGAACCCUUGAACGUUAAGGAAGAUGAUGAAAGCCAACCCCUGAACUUCUCCGGCGAUGAAGCUGCACCCAAGAAGACAGCCGGCCCCUCGACCAGACGUUUCGCUGGAGAAAGCCACAGAUCUGGUGUAAAGACUGAAACUGCCGUCGAAGAAGUUCCCAUCUAUUUGUACUCCACCUCUGACAAUACCCAUGUUGUGAAACACAAGAUUGGAGCUCGUCGUUAUAGGAAACAUUAGAAUUAACCGGACGGUUGCGCGUUAGAAUGUAAUGAAUCAAGUGAAAUAAA